CCUGGGAUCUGUGAGCCGGGGGAUGGAUCGGAAGCCGACAGUCGCGCGGCGGGGACGGUCGGCGCUGCCGUGGCUGCGGCUGGUGCUGCUGCUGUGGCCGCGGCUGGCUCUGGGCGCGCUCCCUUUCGGCAGCGGUCUGCACCGGGUCUUCCCAGACCUCCUUUCCGAGCAGCAGUUGCUGGAGGCGGAGGAUUUGAGCCUGUCCUUGUUGCGGGGCGGUGGUCUGGGGCCACUGUGGCUACCCUCGGACCUGCCCGAGCUGGAUCCGGAGUGCCGGGAGCUGCUGCUGGACUUCGCUAACAGCAGCGCGGAGCUGACCGGGUGUCUGGUGCGCAGCGCCCGGCCCGUGCGCCUCUGUCAGACCUGCUACCCGCUCUUCCAGCAGGUCGUCAGCAAGAUGGACAACAUCAGCCGAGCCGUGGGGAACACUUCUGAGAGUCAGAGUUGUGCCAGAAGUCUCUUAAUGGCAGAUAGAAUGCAAAUGGUUGUGAUUCUCUCUGAGUUUUUUAAUACCACCUGGCAGGAGGCAAAUUGUGCAAAUUGUUUGGCAAACAACAGUGAAGAAUUAUCAAACAGCACAGUACAUUUCCUCAAUCUGUUUAAUCACACCUUGACCUGCUUUGAACAUAACCUUCAGAGGAGUCUUCUAUCACCAAAGAAUUACUCAGAAGUCUGCAAAAACUGUCGCGAAGCGUACAAAGCUCUGAGCAGUGUGUACAGUGAAAUGCAGAGAACGAAUGAACUUGAGAAUAAGGCUGAACCUGGGACACACUUAUGCAUUGAUGUGGAGGAUGCUAUGAACAUUACUCGGAAACUCUGGAGUCGAACUUUCAACUGUUCAGUGCCCUGCAGCGACACGGUGCCUGUGAUUGCUGUUUCUGUGUUCAUUCUCUUCCUGCCUGUUGUCUUCUACCUUAGCAGCUUCCUGCACUCAGAGCAAAAGAAGCGCAAACUCAUUCUACCCAAACGUCUCAAGUCCAGUACUAGUUUUGCAAACAUUCAAGAAAAUUCAAACUGAAACCUACGAAAUGGAGAUGCUACAUUUGCACCACGUGGAUGAAUGGUGAACGACACAGCUUGGUCAGAAAGAAGAUAAGCUGUGGCUUGACGAGUCAAGUUCUUGAGAAAUGCAAGGACAUCUGAUUUAUUUUUAAAUAAGAAUUCUCAAUCUUUCUUUCCUUUUCCACCUCUUUUUGUAAGGGUUUGUGUAUUUUUAAUUUCCAGGAAUAGCAAUGUUGUCUGUUUGAAAGUGUAUUUGUUACAAUAAUAAGACACAAGAACAGUCUUUGCUUUUAGGGCAUGUAAUUACUGUUUGAGACUUCUGGUAUUUCCUUAUUAAUGACAGUACCUCAAGUAGGAAAGUUUUUGAAAACUAGGACUUAAAAUUUAACCAGUUACAGAAAAAGGCUUUGGAAAAGAAAUAUACUUGCCGGAAGGUCAUAGGUCCAAAGGUUAAAUUCUUCCCUAUAGCAGUAUUAUUGCGUGUAUAUUUAAUACGUUGUAUGUUACAAUAGUGUAGAAUUCAGUCUCCACUUUCCCCGAAAGUCACUUUUGAAACCCCUAAUUACAAGCUCCCAUAACAGUUUUUAGAAGUGGUAAGUCCCAUCACAUUUAUCUUUGGAUAAAAGAUUUUGGUAACUGGUUUCUUACUUGACUUUUAUAAAUAGUAUUUUGCAUCUUAUUUUUGCCUUUAUGUCAUAAAUAAUUUGAAGUCAUUGCACUGCUUUAUUACAUUUAGGGCAAGAUGGAUUCUUCUUAGGUCAGGAAUUUACAUUAUGAAUUACAUUAAGUUAUUUGGCAAUUUAUAAUUUAUUACUACUUUGAAUCAAGUGUAGCAGUCACACUGUAUUUAAUUGUGAAUUCUUUUUUAAUGGAGAAAUAUGGGGAUUUGGGGGGAGAGAAGGAGUACAGAAGCUUAAGGUUCAGGAAGUAGAUGUUUGCUGUAAGACUGCUGCAUGGUUCACACUGGAGGCAUGAGUCAUAAUGAUAGUCUCAUACAACAUGCAGGUAGAUUAAGAUGAUGCUUAUUUUUAAUUAUUUGAAUUAGAUCAAAGUGAAAUGAUUGAGAUGAAGUCACGUAUUUCAUUUGCAGAAAAAUUCUGUUUUGGAAUAUUUGCAUUGGUAUUUAAAAAUAAAUGCUUUGUUUCAUAAUUGUUCACAGUCGUAUCUGUUAGGUUUUUAGAGUUGAGGAUUCAUGUAUUAAUCCCUUCAUGGUUUCUUGCUGGAAGUAGGUUUUGUUUUAAAUGUUGAGAAUAUGAAGUCUCCUCUGUAUGGGUAGAAGAGUUUGGUAAAGUAAUAAGAAUUCGAAUCCCUUCAUCUACUGUAAAAUGCUCUACAGAGACAAAAAAAUGUUUUUCUUUUACUGUUUUAUGUUUACCAUAUACACUGAGUGAAAGAGAAGACAGCCUGGUGUGCUCUGACGUGUCCCCAAUGUGCUGGGACUCCUUCUCCUGCCAUCCUUCUCGCUGCUGCUGCUAAGGGCACUGUCUUCAUUUGAAGCACAUGGUUGAGGGCCACUGAAGGCAAUCUUCAGUGCAGAGAGAACCAGUUCACGUGUGGGAAGCUAAAAAAUGAGGUAUUCAAUGCUGUAAGCAGUGGCUGUCUCAGCACCUUUCAUUAUUACAUAUUUGCAAAAACCCUUGCUUUGGAAUUUAAAGCUAAUAAGCACUUUAAAAAAGAAAAGGCAGCCUUUACUAUUUGUCUGGUUGGAUCAUUGCUUUUAAAAAGCAUCAGCAAUAGACUUCAAAAAUAAGUAUUAGACUAACAAGUAUAAAUACUUCAUUGUGGAGUCAAAGUGAAAAGUUGCAUAGUUCUGAAUUCUGAGAUGCAUAGCUGAUGUGUAUGCACAAGAAUAUCCAAGUUUUUUGACCUUAAAAUAAAGGCAGUAAUUUAAGAACA